CAAGAUUCGGGACAACCGCCAUGCGAGUCUGUUCCAGAGGAGUUUUGGCAAUGCGUCUCGGACUGCCUCUACGUGUAUUGUCCGGCCGGAGAUGAUGCAUGUGUCGAUGCAUGCGAUGCCGAUUGCAAAGAGACAUAUGUGCCGAAUUGUGAGCCAGGCACGCAUUGAUGGCAACACGACGGUGGUCGGAAUGCCGACAUGAGUCAACGAUAAUGAGACUAAGCGUCUGGAGUUGGGAUUUCAGGGUCGGAACGACUGGCUUGCAGUAUCAUAUAGGGGCGGAUCAACUCGUAUUCCUGAACUGCUUGAUCACUGGUGAUCAGGGAGCAGGACUAAUGUUAGCCGACGGUAUUUUGUUUGUACAUGGUCUUGGUGCUGGGCAAUUGAUGUCCAGCGUACAAAAUGAAGUUGGUAUAGAAAGCAAAAGGGCACUCACAGCUUACAAUGCUGUGCUGUGAGGAGGGCGAAGCAGCGCUUAGAUAGGUGCCAUGCAAAAGCCAAGAAGUUUCUCCUCACUUUCCAAUGUGAAUGACCAGCUUCCCGGCAUUUUUCCCCGUCUUCAACUUUUCAAAGGCCUUGGGCAAGUCUUCCAUCUCGAACGUUUC